GUUGUGGAAAUGUCAAAAUUUUGAGUAAAAAAUGCCAAAAACUCCCUUUUUAUUUUGAAUGAUUUGAAAUGACAUAGCCGACGCACGCGUAUUUCGUAGAUUUUUUCGUGUGUCCGAUCCCCUCCUCAGUCUAUUCGUGUGCUCCAUGUUCCCCGUUUCACAGUGCGGAGUGAAGAACUGCACAAAACGCAAUGUACCUCCGCCAUUGUUACGGAGUGGAACUACGCAAAGUUCUUUCGAAAUAUAUUCGGUUUUAUCGUUACAAACCGACUUUAAAUGCAGAAUAACGUAACAGAAUUAACGCAGAAAUUACUCCGAUCAUUGGAUAGCAAUUACAAUGUCAUCGAUAUGCCAGCUGUCAUCGAAAUUAUAUCUCAGUUGGAAAAGAUCACAAUUACCAAAGAACUUCUUGAGACCACCCGAUUAGGAAAGUACGUUAAUCAGUUACGUCGCAACACUACGAAUAAGUUGUUAGCGAAACGAGCGAAGGAUUUAGUUAAGAAAUGGCGAGAUUCGGUGCUGCUGGACUCGAACGGACAACUCAAGCACACGCAGGACGAGGUCACGGUACAAAACAAAAAGCGUCCGUUGAAAGAUCCGACCGACCUGCAGCAGCCGAACGUAAAGCGACCGCGCGUCAACGGCCAAAUGUCCGAGCUCGACUUCUCGGACAACUCGAACUCCAGCUUUAAGGAUACCACCAAGUCAGUCAUAAUCAUCAAUUCCGACUCCAAUUCGAGCAUGCCCGAUCACAAGCACGAGCCGCCGUUGGAGCAGCAGCAGCCGAAGAAGCGGGGCCGCAAAAAAGGCUCGAAGAAUCACAAGAACCUAAUCGAGGAGGCCGAAACGUCGUUCUCGAACAAGCUGAACGUGUCGCGCGGCAACGCGAAGGUGAAAACGACGCAGGAGCUGCUCGCCGACCUGCACAUAAAGAGCAACAACGCGACCGCCGCCGGCAAGCCCGUCGAGGAUUUGAACGAGAAGGCGGCCAAGCUGUCGGAGCGCGUGUCGAUCAUCGAUCAGAAGCUGAACGCGACCUCCAAUCGGUACAACAGGAAUUUCCAGAGGAAGUCGAGUGUCAAGACGGAGGUGAUCGAGUCGGGAAUCGUUAGCAAUGUGAAAAGUUCCGAUGACGAAAUUAUUAUCGUCGACGACGGUGAGGUGGAGGUGGACGUCGAAAAGGGGGACGAGGUUGAGGCGGUCGAGGAGGAGUCGAGCGGCGUUCCGAAGUCGUUGACCGUCGAAGAGGCCUUAGCGUUACUGCCACCUAUCGAUCGCAGCGUGCUCGAGGAAACGGAUCCUGAGCCGCGGUGCAGUUGCCAGCUGAUCGAGAAUAAGACGGAUUUUUCGGUGGCGGACGACGAGGAGGUUAAUUUACAACGUACGUUUGAGUUUGUGGAGGACGAUAGUUGCAUGGCGAGAAAUCAUCUCGUUAAAAAAUAUAAUCUAAGUCUGAACGGUGAGUUGUUGAGUAGACAGGUUCAUAGAUUGCACGCGGAAUGUAUACCUAACGUGAAUGGGAGUUGCGGAGUCGGGAAAUGUAAGGAAGAACCUAAACGAACUGACGACGGUCUUUAUGUAAACGUAGUGCCUAAUGUAAAUACCGAGAAUUUACUCAAAUUUAGUAGUAUGGACUAUUCGCAGCCCGCAAGUGAAAAUUUUAAAAAGUACAGCAUAUCGGAAGGAGAGCGAGACGAGCCCGAAGUUAGUAUAGAGGGUGUUGCCAAAAAUGAAUCCUUUAGUGAAGCUAAUAGUGAUAGUGAUACGCAUACUUUCCGGGAGUGGCACGAGGUGCUCGAUACACCUUCAUAUAAUGGCGAGAUUUUAAAAAUUUUGCCAUAUGUUAUCAUAGAUUAAUGCUAGUCUGUAUGAAAUGAGGUUAGUUUUGAAACAUUUGUAUUUUUCGGUCUCAUUUUGUUUUGUAGAAAAAUCCCAUGUUUCAAGAUUUGUAUGAAAUUUGUACCAUUAUUGUAAAAAAUGAAUUUUUAAGUGUAGUACCUUCCUCCACGCUUUUCUAACUAUUCCUUGUAUUGUAUAUAUUUUAUCACACACACAGACACACAAUUAGAAGUGAUCUACACUUUAUAGUUACUAUUCUAUUCAAAUCAUUAUAUUUGAUUGUUAAGGUUGUUAAUUUAUGAGUUUGUUAGAAUUAAACUUGCAAUGUUUUAUUUUUUAUGUGAUCGUUUAGGACUUUUUAAUUGUACAUCAAUCAAAGAUCCAAACCAAAUCGUCAAUUUCUUUUGUAAAUUGAUUAUGUGACGCGCGAAGAGCCUUUACUGUUAUUAAAGUAAAUCGACACGGCUAAAACCGAAUGUGAAAUAUUUGUUGACCUUUUUUUUUGUAUUAUGUUCUCUCUACUAUUCUGUAUAGCAUGGUCGUUUUUCCUUGUAUUACGAUUAAUCUUAAGGUUCUGUUCACUGGAAAAAAAUCGUCGGUAUCAUUGCAUUGUUCAUAGAUUUUGUAAUGAUUACUAUGAUAUUAUUGCCUUCUUAAUAUGAAAAUACACCAUAUUUUCUAUAUAU